AUGACAAAAGAAAGAAUUUUAGUUUCCGCGAUUGAAACUGUGCCAACAUACAGCGAUCCUUUGUUCAGGGCACAUUUCCGUAUGACGAGAACAUCGUUUCAGUCACUCUUGGAGCUGAUAGGACCACAUACAGCAGUGAGGUCAAUAAGUCUGGAGCGAAGAACACUCGCCUGUCUUUGCUAUCUGAGUAACCAAGAAACUUUCCGCAGUGUUGCAGAUCGCUUUGGUCUAAGUAAAGGCUCCCUACAUUACUAUUUGGGAAACUUUUGUCGGGUGAUGAGUGGAGAAAGUGUGCUCCCAACACUGAUAUCAUGGCCAGAGAAAUCAGAAUAUGGGAGAAUUGCAGAAGGUUUUGCCCAGCGACAAGGUUUUCCAGGAGUAAUUGGAGCAGUUGAUGGAACAUACAUUCCUAUCCCAGGACCAACAGAAUUCCGGGACUCUUAUAUCUGCAGAAAAGGUUUUCCAGCAUUUCAUUUACAGGGUGUGUGCGACAGUAAUAUGAGAUUUCUUGACGUAUAUUCUGCCUACCCUGGAUCAGUGCAUGAUUCCAGGGUAUUUAAGAAUAGCCCUUUGAAUCAUUAUUUACAAACAGAAUGUCCACAAACAUACCACCUUCUAGGAGAUUCAGCAUACAGCCUAGCAUCACAUUUGCUUGUUCCUUUUAGGGAUAAUGGGCACCUAACCGAGGAGCAAAAGAAGUUUAGUUUUGUGCACAGUUCAACAAGAGUUGACAUAGAAAGGUGUUUUGGACUUUUGAAGGGCAAGUUCCGCAAACUGAAGUUUUUGGAUGUGACUAAAGUGUCGGUUAUUCCCAAUAUUAUAGUUACUUGUUGUGGUCUCCACAAUUUCAUCUUAGGCAAGGAAUCCUACAUGGAAGAAGAACUUAUAAAAGUGCAGGAAGAUGAUGCGCCUAUUACGAACUAACGUGAUGAUACAUCAGCAGUGGGUGCCACCAAAAGAAAUGACAUAAUGAACUUGUUGGCUUAAACUCUCAGAAUUGAAAAGUGUCUGCAAAGUGACCAUUCAUGUGGAUAGAAAUGAUGUGAAGGAUGAUUUUUUCAUUUCUAUAAGCCUUAAAUUGUAAACAUUACUUUUAUUAAGAUAGUAUCAGACAAGUUAUAAGUCAAUAUAUGUGUAAAUCUGAGGUCUGUAAAGUUUGGAUAUUCUGCUAAAUUAACUUUGCAGUGAUUGACAAAAUGCAUGUCAGAGCUCUAUCUUUUUUAUUUAAUGUUCUGAAAAAGUUUUCCUGUUAUUUUCUGA